UUUGAAAGCAUUGUCCUUAUUCACUUGCCUGCAAUUCCUUGCAUUUUGGCUUAUUUAACUGAUCAGAGAUUUCAAAAAUUAGAAAUGAUUAUUAUUAUUAUUAUGUUUUACAGGAAAACAAAUGAAGAGAAAGCUAACACUGGCACUUGUUAUGUCAGCAUAUAAUAAGACUGAUGUCCAUCCAUCAACUUUCAUUCUCAUUGGCAUUCCUGGAUUCGAGGCUGCCCACAUCUGGAUCUCCAUUCCCUUCUGUGUGAUCUACUUCUUGACCCUACUGGGAAACUUCUCCAUUUUGUUCAUCAUUAAGACAGACCACAGACUUUAUGAGCCAAUGUAUCUCUUUCUCUGCAUGUUGGCUGUGGCUGACCUUAUUGUGUGCACUACAGCUGUGCCAAAACUUCUCAGCCUCUUCUGGUUCAAUGAUGGAGAGAUUCGUUUUGCAGCCUGUCUCACUCAAGUUUUCCUGAUUCACUCUUCCUCUACAAUGGAAUCUGGAUUCUUUCUGGCCAUGGCUUUUGACCGCUACGUAGCCAUCUGUUACCUAUUAACACAUUCAAUGAUUCUGACACACGCUGUUAUAGGGAAGAUAGGUCUAGCCAUUGUACUCCGGGGCACAGUGCUUCUCAGUCCUCACCCUUUCCUGCUGCGGUGGCUUCCCUAUUGUAAAACCAAUAUCAUUUCUCACACCUACUGUGAGUUCAUGGCCCUCAUCAAAAUUGCCUGUGCUGAGACAAGAAUCCGAAGAGCCUACAGCCUAAUUGUUGCCUUCCUUACUGGGGGAGUGGACUUCAUACUGAUCAUUUGUUCUUAUAUAUUUAUACUCCACACCAUCUUCCACCUCCCAUCCAAGGAUGCCCGGCUCAAGACCUUGGGCACCUGUGGUUCCCAUGUCCUUGUCAUCUUGGUGUCCUAUACUCCAGCCUUCUUCUCUUUUCUCACCCACAGGUUUGGUCAUCAUGUGGCUCCCCAUGUGCACAUAUUUGUAGCCAACAUCUAUCUUCUGAUCCCACCCAUGGUGAAUCCCAUUAUCUACGGGGUGAGGACCAAGAGGAUACGGGACAGGUUCCUUAAAGUUUUCAGUUUUUCAAAGCCUCUGAACUAAAUUCUCUUUGUUGGUAAAUAAUAUCUGAAGAAAAACUUUAUGAUCUAUGUUAGAGUUUGUGAUUUUUCACCAAACCUCUUCUUUAAUAUCUGAAUGACUAAGGUUUUUCUAUGGGAAGUAACUUAUAGAAAGACGUAUUAUAUAUGAAAAUAGAUAUAAAUGUAGAUUACCCAUGUGCAGCAGAAAUAUUCCCCAAUACAUAGUGAAAUUACUCUUUUAGACUGCUCAGAAAUAAUCAUUUGAAGCUAAUUACUAAGACUAUCAUGAAGUAUAUUUAAAAAUUCUAAUUUACCUAAAUAAUAGAAUCUAUCGUUACACUUUUUAUUGUUACAGCAAAUUAGCCUGAACAUAUCCUACUUGGACAUCAGGGUUAUAGAAGAGCAGGAAACUUUAAGAAUUUGUAUCUUCACCUUUCUUUUCCUGGGCCAUUUUGAGGAUACCGCAGACUUCUUAGUUUCCUUUUUAUUCAUGCAUUAUUACCACUCUGUUUUUGAGGAAAUUC